GCCCGCUCCAACCCCAUUCCCGACCCAAACAAACCCAACCUCGCGCAAGAUUUCCCACCCGCGACCCGGUGAACACAGAUCACGCACGCGGCCGCAGCCGCCACCGCCAGCCAAUGCCACCUGCCGCUGCCGGUUGCCACUGCUGCCGGCGGCCAACUCCUAUUCGCUGACCGCCGCCGCCCGUGCCCGCCAUGCCCCGCCUCCUCGCCCCGCUCCCCUCCCGCUCGCGCCGCCGCCGCCUCCUCGCCAUUCUGUCGAACACCUUCUCGGCGUCCACAGCCUCACCACACCGCGCGCCGCCCCCGCCGCCGCCGCCGCUGCCGCAGCUCUCCCCGCUGCUCCCCCGGACCGCGGAGUCCUACGCCUCCAUCUCCGAGGCCGCGUCCGGCAUCGCCGUCUCCUUCCGCGACUGGUUCCUCGCGCCCCGCGCCGCCGAGCCGCUCGCCGCCCUCGACUCGAUCUACGAGGCCCUCGCCUCGGACGACGCGGCGGCGCUCGAGGCGCUCCCGCUCUCGGAGGAGCUCGUCCUCUCGGUGCUCCGCCACCGCCCGCGGAGGCUCCCCGACGGCGACGCGGUUCUGCUGCUCCGCCUCAAGUUCUUCGACUGGUCGGGCCGCCGCCCGCACUACCUCCACACGCGCGCCGUCUACCAUGCCGUCUUCCGCCUGCUCUCGCGCGCGCGCCGCGCCUCUGUGGUGCUCGACUGGCUCCGCCUCUUCACCACCACCUCCGCGUCCACCGGGCAGCCGCGCUUCCAUCAGACGCUCGUCGUAGGCUACGCCGUCGCGGGCGACCCCCAGCGCGGGCUCAGCGUCCUCGGCCGCAUGCGCUUCCGCGGCAUGGACCUGGAUGCCGUCUCCUCCCGCAUACUCCUCAACUCACUUGUCGAUGCGUCAUUCCACGACUUGGCCGACUCCUUCGCCCGCAACCUUGCUGCUAGUCCCGUUGCAACCUGCAUCCGCAUCAAGAGCCUGUGCCGCCGCGCCCGCUUCAGCGAUGCCACUGCACUACUUGACACCCUCCCUUUCGCCGAAGCAUCCAGAGGCCCCGCCGCUGGCUCUAUUGUCACGGAGUUCUGCCGGCGUGGGCGCUUUGACGAGGCAGCCCAGAUUGUUGGUAAAUUCUCGUCAUGUGAUGUGUACGGCGCGUGGAUCCAUGGUCUCAUUGAGGCUGGGAUGCUUGAUACUACAUUGCAGUUCCUUUCUGAUAAGAAGGAGGCUGAGGGAUAUAUCCCUGAUGGUCAGCGGUAUGAUAAGCUUGUGCACCGCCUUCUCCGCAAGAACAGACUUGGUGAAGUUUAUGAUUUGCUUGUGGAAAUGAUGGAGGAGGGCAUUGCUCCAGGCCGUUCAACCAUGAAUGCCGCGCUUUGCUUCUUUUGCAAAGCCGGGCUUGUGGAAGUUGCCAUGCAUUUGUAUAGAUCAAGAUUGGACCUUGGGAUUAACCCAAACAAGGAUGUCUACAACAAUCUGAUCAGGGCACUGUGCCGAGGUGGGGCCACAGAAGAGGCUUGUCUGGUACUGGAACAGUCUAUGGAAGAUGGAUACUUUCCUGGCCGUCAGACAUUUGCAAUGUUCGCAAAUGUGCUGUGUCAGGAAGGGAAGCUAGAUAAGGUGAGGGAGCUGCUCGAUAGGGCUCUCAAGCAGGAGGCGUGGCCAAUGGACAAUGUAUUAGCCAAGUACCUUGUUGCAUUGUGCAAGAGUGGGAAUGUGGAUGAGGCAUGUAAAGUGCCUCAGAUAGCGAGCAGCAAGAACCCUGCGGGCCUAUAUCGCUAUGAAUCAACUUACAAGAGCUUGAUCAGAGCAUUAAUAUUGAUUAGGAGGGUGGAUGUGCUCCCAAGGCUCAUACUCGAAAUGCAAGAUAUGGGACACAUCCCAACCCGAAGCCUCUACCAGUCGGUUGUUUGUGAAUUGUGUGAGCUGAGUAAGUAUGGUGAGGUUCUUGAGCUGCUGGAGAACCAGUUGCGGAGGAGUGAACUCCAACCCCGUGUGUGCUAUAACUACUUCAUCUCUGGGGCUGGACAUGCUAAGAAGGCUGAUGUGGCCAGGGAGGUGUACAGCCGGAUGGAGUCUGCAGGGAUUGAACCAUCUGUCGAAAGCAAUAUCCUUCUUCUCAUGAGUUAUCUGAGGAGUAAGCGUAUUGGUGACGCACUGACUUUUUUCAACUUCAUUCAUGAGAAGAAGCCACCUGGGACCAAGAUGUAUAACGUAUUUAUAUCUGGUCUAUGUGAAGCUCGGAAGCCAGAGCAGGCAAUGGUAUUUUGGAGGGAAGCAAGGGACAAAGGAUUAAUACCGAGCAUCGACUGCUAUGAACAGCUUGUGCUCCUUUUGAGCUCUGUUCAAGAUUAUGACAGUGUUGUGAAGAUUAUUGAUGAUUUCAGGGAAACAGGGCGCCCUGUUUCAGCGUUCUUGUGUAAUGUGCUUCUGUUGCACACACUGAGGGGCAGCGAUCUUCUCAAGGCUUGGGCGCGUUCAGAAGAUAAAUCCGGGUCUCUUGAAGCAAGCGCUGGAGAGAUCAAAGGUCGGGGUGCAGGACGAUUCUUGAUUGGCCAACUUAUCGAGUUGUUUGCAAGCGGUAUCAGGAACAGGAGUGACUUGGAGGUUUUAGAAGAGGGUCUAGAACAGUUCUUUCCUGUCGACAUUUAUACUUAUAACAUGCUGUUACGAGGAUUGAGCAUGGCAGGGAGGAUGGAUUCUGCCUGUAACAUGUUCGAAAGACUCUGCCAAAGGGGCUAUCUACCGAAUCGAUAUACUUUUGAUAUAAUGGUACAUGGCUUCUGCAAGCAUGGCAGCAGAAGUGAGGCUGAAAGGUGGAUGGAGGCAAUGUACCGAAACGGGUUCUAUCCCACUUGGUACACUAUGAGGUUAUACAACAAUACAUCCUUGCGACCGCAUGAUCAGUACGCCAUUUCAUUUGUAUAAGUAAUAAUUACAUAUCUCAUCACAUCCGUCUGUUGAUCUGAAAGUCCUAUGACUUUGCCAAAACAGGCACUCAUUUUGGGGAUCAAACAUAUUUUCAUGUGGAGCAUAUUCCUAAACUUAACAUAUAGCAUCCUGAGAUUCACACCUCACCUGGCACGGCAUAGCAUGCGUAGGUAUCAGUUUACAUGUAACAUUGAUAUAUUUUUUCGGUGUCCCUUGAUGUAUUCUACUAGCUCGACAUAGUUUUGCGGUUUGCGCUGUUUACCUGGUGUAACAAUAAUAAUUCAGUCCCCACUGAAUCAGUAUAUUAUAAGCAAUGCAGGUUCCUUAUCAUGGCAUCAUCAUUAUCUAGAAGCUUAGCAUAGCACUGCGAAUAGAUCGAAGGCAGGUAGCUGGUCCAAAUUAUUCUUUAGGUGUGCUUCGAGAUCCAGUGGCUGUACACCUUGCAAGGUUGAUCUGCUUAUAUAUGGUGCAAAGCUGUUUAGGCGACGAUGGACUAGGCUCUCUUUUUUCGCUGGCAAGUCCAGAAUGAAAUUGGAUGGAUAUGUAUGCUGCAUUUAUAGUUAUAUUGUGCUAGAAAGAUAGGAAGAGUUCGAUGUCCAUCAGUUUGUGGUUUCGGAGAUUGCUUACCGACUUUCAUUCAUAUCUGAAAAGAUCAAGGGUGCCGAAGUCUUCAUUGAUCCAAACACGUUUUGGUAGAUGAGGAGAUACUUGCUGGAUGAAAACACUGUCCAUGCAUCUAUGGCCGCAACUCUAGUUUAUGAUACCGUUCGAAUUAAAAGAACACCAAUUAAUUAAUUCAUGUAAAUGAUAAUACUAGUCAUUCACUAGCCGUCUCUGAGGCUGGUUAGUGGGGAGUAACUUAGACUAGCAACAUGCGUAUGUUACUAGCCUAUGUUACUACUUUUAUAAUAGGUAGUAACAUAUACUCCCUCCGUUCCUAAAUAUUUGUCUUUUUAGAGAUCUCAAAUGGCUACCACAUACGGAUGUAUAUAGACAUAUUUUAGAGUAUAUAUUCAUUCAUUUUGCUUCGUAUAUAGUCACUUGUUGAAAUCGAAAGACAAAUAUUUAGGAAUGGAGAGAGUAGAUGAUAACAUGCAAACCUUCAUUAAUUGAGAUAUAGACUCAUUUUACUUCAGGGUGUGUUAUAUUACCACAAGCAUCUUUCUCCUCAUUAACUUCAUGUCACAUAAGCAAAAUUUGUCUUGAGACGUGUUAUGUUACCACCUAAGUUACUUUCACUAUGACUAGCCAAGGGAAACAAGCUUCAUCUUAUUGAUUUCAGAGUUGUACUGUAGUUUUUUUUUUUCAUGUCGAUUAUGAAUUAGACAGUCUUUAGCAUUUCGAAAUCUUGGAAAGAAACGCCGCACUGAAUCACACGCCCACCCAAAUUUUUCGUGUGAGACAGACCAUGCACUUUCGUCAGCAGUGCACCAAAGAAAAACAAAUCACAAAUAAUUAGCCCCACCACAGUUAAAUCAGGUUUCUUUUGCCAAUCUACAGAUACUCCGUCAAUCUUGAAAUCAGUUGCAUCUACAGUAGGCAAUGUUCAAAGCAGAAUUAUUAUAACCCAAGAGGAAAUAUAGAUGGUCAACUAUUAUGCCAGUGAGAACAGCCCAAUCAUUACACUUAAAAGUGGGCCAACUUUCAUCUAAAAUGGUAAAAGGAAAAAAGAGGAACGGCUGGGAUUAAGCGGGCCUAUAUACACAGUUCAAACUUCCAUCUGAUAUACUACCACACUCAUACACAUAGUCAACAUUCUUUUUCCCUGCUAACAGACCUUAUUCCACAAAACAAAGAGGAGAACAUCCAAAAAAAGGGCACUUGUACAACUAUUCCUGCAUUAAGAAAGAGUACAUUCUGCUCAUUAUCACUUGGGCAUCUCGUCUAUCAACUGUAUUAGUUGUUGUUGACACCACGGCAGGUCGACCCUCUAUGGCACCCGUUCUCACCUAGGCAUGAAACGAGGGCCCUCGGUGGACGGAAGCGUCGCGAGUGGAACACAAGCGUCAGUCGAUAUCCAAGGUGGAGUAUGGCGCAUGGCCAACCUGCAUUGGUUCAAAAUGUGACCACUUUGUUAAGCAAUUCAUAUACUAGCAUACAGUUGCACAGGGUCUAGAAAUUCUGGUGAUCUCUGGUCGGAUGUUUGCUAGUUUAGUACUUACCGAGCAAUCAUCAUGAACACGCCAGAUAGUCUCGCCUAGAAGGUUCGCGACUGAAAGAAUGGUCAGCUGCGGGAAAUUCUUCUCCUCCUUUAAAGGGAUAGUGUUCGUGAUGAUUACUUCUUGAAACAAACCACUUGAUAAUCUUUCGAUGGCUGGUGGGCU